CCACAACACGCAUCAACACUCUGCAACACUCGUCACUCUCGAAUCAAACAAAACCACGCCCACCAACUGUUCGAUGAAAAUCCCAGACCAAACCAUGGAGUACAAAAACCUCGGCAGAUCCGGCCUCAAAGUCUCCCAGCUCUCCUACGGCGCGUGGGUCACCUUCGGCAACCAGCUCGACGUCAAGGAGGCUAAAUCCCUCCUCCAGUGCUGCCGCGACAACGGCGUCAAUUUCUUCGACAACGCCGAGGUCUACGCCAAUGGCCGCGCCGAGGAGAUCAUGGGCCAAGCCAUCAAGGAGCUCGGCUGGAAGAGAUCCGACAUCGUCGUCUCCACCAAGAUCUUCUGGGGCGGGCCCGGCCCGAACGACAAGGGUUUGUCCAGAAAGCACAUACUCGAAGGAACAAAGAAUUCUCUGAAGCGGCUGGAUAUGGAGUAUGUGGACGUGAUCUAUUGCCACCGGCCCGAUAUCAAUACUCCGAUUGAAGAAACAGUUAGGGCUAUGAAUCACGUGAUUGAUAAGGGGUGGGCUUAUUAUUGGGGGACGAGUGAGUGGUCUUCUCAGCAGAUUACGGAGGCGUGGGGUGUGGCCGAGAGGCUCGAUCUCGUCGGGCCCGUUGUCGAGCAGCCCGAGUACAAUUUGUUCUCCAGGCAUAAGGUUGAGUCAGAGUUUCUCCCUUUGUACACUAACUAUGGUAUCGGCCUAACCACGUGGAGCCCACUUGCGUCUGGAGUUCUGACCGGCAAGUACAACGCGGGGAAUAUUCCAUCGGAUAGUAGAUUUGCCUUGGAUAAUUAUAAGAAUCUUGCGAGCAGAUCAUUGGUCGAUGAUGUACUUAAGAAAGUGAGUGGACUGAAACCAAUCGCAGAAGCGUUGGGCGUGCCUUUAUCUCAACUCGCAAUUGCUUGGUGUGCUUCGAAUCCCAAUGUAUCGUCUGUUAUUACGGGCGCCACAAAAGAGGCCCAGAUUCAAGAGAAUAUGAAGGCUAUUAAUGUUAUUCCUUUGCUAACACCUGAAGUGUUGGAGAAGAUCGAAGCUGUUGUUCAAAGCAAACCCAAACGCCCCGAUUCCUACCGGUAGACGACAUCAUUAUUUUGCCCGUUGUCAUUUCAUCGUAAAGAUUGGUAUUUGCUAUUUCGGAGUUUUUUUUUCGUCUUUUUUUUUUCCGGGUAUUUUUAAUGAGUGUGGUGAUGAACUGUAAAACAUGAUUAGUGACUGAUAUUUGUAUAAUGUGAUUUUAUUUAUUUAUUUUGUUGUCACUUUGG